AUGCAAAACUUUUUGUACACUCUGUACGGCUUCAUUGAUCCUCCGGACUGGAAAGAAGUGACCAUGGAACUGACCGGAGAGCAGCUGAAAAUGACUGAGACCCAUCUGGAAAGAUAUUUACCUCGGUCACAACAGGUUUUUCAUGGUUGUCUGGUCCUCAUAAACAGAGUCAGAUCAGACCCUGUGAGGGUCUUUGCGGACAGAUGCCCAGAGUUCAAUGUCCUUGUCUGCAAAUCCCAAUAUGGGCAGAAGGGUGAUCUCUUGAAGGACAUAAUGGUUUUUACAAAGGAUGAAUCUAUUCUAGAGGCAACCAUGAGGAAGUCCUCCGUUAUUGACUGGACCCGGUACCUUUGCCUUGGAAUCAAUCUUCGCCACAUGGAGAUAGUCAAGGCAGUGGCAUCAGAAAAAGGCGUGUCCAGCAGGUCAGUGUGUCACCUGAUGAUACUGGAGGACGUAUCCAACCUGCCCUCUCUAGACAGCUCAGGGAUCUCACUAAGCUCUCUGGAUGAAUCACACGUUGGCUUGGUGAAUCAGACAUGGAAGUUUGGAAAGAACGAGGACGCCGUCAGGAUGAUCUGGAACAUGCUCGCAAACUUCCCCUCCUGCGGCGUGCUGGACGCAGAAGGAAAGCCCGCAUCCUGGAUCCUGACCUACGCGUCGUGUGCGAUGGGCAUGUUGUACACUCUGCCAGAGCACAGAGGGAAAGGCUACGCCAAAGUCCUGAUCAGCGUCAUGGCCAAGAGACUCCACACUGAGGGGUACCCAGUGUACGGCUUCGUAGAGGAGGAGAACGAGGUCUCCCACAGGCUCUUUAAAAGCCUGGGCUUUGUUGAGGACCCCUCAUACAGGGAAGCCUGGUUUGAAUUCAAUGAUUUUUAAAUACCUCAAACAAGGCCUCUAAAAUGAUAAGUUGCUCCCGGUGUAGAAAAGGGGAAAGAAAUUAGGGUUUAGGGUUGUAUCCUCCUACUGCAUGGGAGCUUGUUAUAUUUUCACUUCAGGUUCAGUUGCCUUAAACUGAAGUGACCUGCGCUUCAUGGACAUUCCCUUGCAGACCUCCCUUCAAACAUCUCAUCUCUUUUGCUCAAAAGCACUUGAUGCAUGACUGGAUCUGAAAUGAAAAUUUAAAAAAUCUUAAUGUCAAUUGUGUACAUAUUUAUUACUUUAUGAUUAAAAAAAAACAUAUUAAUGGACAAUUAUGUUCUCAUGUAAAUACUGCAUCACUACAUAACCUGUUUACUUUACAGUUGAUACAUUCUACUAUUACUAACCAGGCUAUUUUAUUCAUCUAUCUUAGCUGCUGCACCACUUCAUUUCUUAGAUUCUACUUAGAUUUGUUGUUUUUUGGCGUGAUUUGUCUCUAUAGCUAUCUUUGUCUAUUAUUAUCUGUAAGAGCACAGUUGGAGGGAGCAUGAGAUCUAAGACGUUCAUUGUCAACGACUGCCUCUCUGUAACUGUUAAUAGUAUAUAAACAGUUUUUAUUGUUAUACAUGUUAUAACAGUAAAAGAUCAGGA